ACAUGAUUGCUAAUCUAGUUGACCGGUCGGUCUUUUUUUUAAGCUAGUCUAAUUUCGUCUUAUAUAAGAAAAAAACUUCAGGAUUCAUCAUAUUUCAUAUUAUCAAGUUUUAAGUUUAGAAAUUUACAUUUAGAUUCUUUUGCCAAUAUAAAACUGAAAAUAAUCAUGUUUUUUUUCAUUUAGAUCAGACCAAUCAAAACGAGCAUUUUUUUUCAAAACCAUUUAAUUUCGACUACCAUUUAACCUAAACAAUUGGACGUCAAUAAAACAAAAGAAAAAUAUUAGCCAAAUUUUUGCAAGAACAAAAAAACAUCUUCAUAAAGCUUGUGAGAGUUAUUCUAAUCCUUGCUAUAAUAAGAAAAGAGCAUCUAAAGAGAAUAUACAUCUCUAAACUCUUCGUACAAUGCUGUAAAAAAAACAUCCAGAUCAAUGCCGCCACCAUGUACUAUUUUCUUUUUCAAGUAAAAAAAAUAAAAAACACCUCACAUACCCACAUCUCAACCGUUCAUCUCAACACAAUCCCCUCAUCCUGAACGUUCAUUCAGCAUCUGUCUCGUCUCCUCGUUCCUACCAAAAAUAACCUCUUUUCACAAAACCACGAGACAGAGUCAAAAGACAAAAACACACAGAGAGAGAGAAGACUCCUCCCUCCCUCCAUCAAUCAUAAACCCCUUCCCACCGUUUAAUAUUACACAACAACAAACAAAACUUUCUCCGACCAAAAAAAAAACAAAACAGAUUUUCAUUAGGGUUCUUCCAAAAAAAAAAAAAAACAGAAAAAUCUCUUUUCUUUUUCAUAAAUUUUACAUUUUUAUUCUUUCCAUUUACAAAAAAAAAUUAUUCUUUUACAUAAAUCGAUUCUGUUUUCUUUUUUCUGACUCCGUCUCUCUGUUUCUGGCUCCGUCGCCGAGAAGAAUCAUCUUCACCUGAGAGAGAGAUCAUCAUGCUUUCUACGGCUUAACGUCUCUCCUCUUUGUUGUUGUGAUAAUAAUAAUCUUCUGAUUAGCUUUUCAAAUGGAGUCUCCUUCCACCAAAGAUCUAAUCCAAUGCUGCGACUGUGGAUGCCACUCCUCUCCACGCUCCUUCCACCGCUCCGUGAAACGCAGACACGACGAGCUGCUUGACCACGACGAAUCCAACAACCCCAAAGUCCACAUCGAGAACGAAUGCGAGCUCCUCCGAGAAACCGUCACCAGCCAGCAGCAAUCCAUCCAGGAGCUCUACGAGGAGCUCGAGAAGGAGAGGAACGCUGCAGCUUCGGCUGCGGACGAGUCCAUGAACGUGAUGCAGAGGCUGCAGAACGAGAAGGCAGAGCUUCAGAUGGAGCUGAGGCAGUACAAGCUCUACGUUGGGGAGAAGAUGGAGCACGAUUUGCAGGAGAUGGUGGCGUUGGAGGAGUUGGUGAAUCAGAGGGAGCAGACUAUAAUGGCGUUGACGUGUGAGGCUCAGGCUUAUAAGCAUAGGAUGAUGAGUUAUGGGUUAACGGAGGGUGAGGCUGAAGGGGACAAGAGUGGUUAUAACUCGAGUGAUGGUUAUGAUGAUCUUACUGCUUAUGAGUAUCCUCCUUUGAAGUGUAAUGUGGUUGAGAAUCAUGAUCCUCUGGGGGGUGAUGUAUAUGUUGCUGAUGAUGGGAAGUAUCCGCCUGUUGUUUCGCCUUUGAAGAGUUUGGAUCAGAGGAUCAGCGAGAUGGAGACUAAUCCUGGCUUUGCUGAGCUGGAUGGUGGUUUCUCCGGUGGUGUUAAGGAGAAGAUGGUGGUUGGUGGUCAGAGUCCAAGGCCUCAACGACAUUUUAGGAGGAUGUCUACUAAAGAAGUUAGGCCUGAUGCUUAUGUUGAGUCUCCUAAGAAAGUGGCUAAUGUCUCCUCAUAUACAGAGAAUGUUAAUGCUAAAGAUGAUUCAUCUGAUAUAGGAGAUGAUAGAGUUUACACCAUUGAUUCUGUAACUGAGCAGAAGGUUGAGGCGGAGACUUCUGAUGGUAUGGAUCUUGGUGAUCCUGAUAUAACGAAGCUGUACAUGAGGCUUCAAGCACUGGAAGCUGACAGGGAAUCGAUGAAGCAGGCGCUUGUUUCUAUGAGGACUGAGAAGGCUCAGAUGGUGCUGUUGAAAGAGAUUGCUCAACAUUUGUCAAAGGAGGUUGUGCCUCAACGAAGGUUGCCUCUGAGGAAAGCAUCCACUGGUGGGCCAUUGCCUUUCACGCCAGUCUUUAAGUGGAUCUCUUCUUUUGUUUCCUGGAGAAGAAAGGCUCGUAGAAGCAAGUAUAUGUAUGGGAUGUCAGCAAACAACAUGGGACUGCAAAUGCUUCUAGAAAAGGUCCCUAGAUCAAGGAAAUGGCGAUGCCUCAGGAGCACGCAAGUGUGAAACAGAUCCAAAUCCUUCCAAGCCAAAAUCGUUCUCCUGACACUCUAGAUUUCCAAACCACAUAAGUAUCAGUUACUGAUGAAUUGCAUUUCGUAAAAUGUGUGUGUGUUUUUCUCCAACUCGAACUGGGGUAGGGUUGCAGAGAAAAAUGUUUGUCCUUUGCGGUUUUUUUAUUCAUUCUGUUUUCUCUCCAAUGUUUUAACUGUUUGUAUAAAAAUAAGGGGGUUGAAGAAUGAUUUAUAACUCAGAGGCUAUACAAUAUUUUCUAUGAUUUA